AUUUGUCAGCAUUGGUUAGUAUUGGCAUUCUGCUUUUGUCGGCGUGUGGCCUGAUCGUAUAUGCUCGAAGCGCAGAAGGAAAGGCCGAUAGGUAAAUUCACAUCCUUUGCGUUUACGCAGUAAAUUGUAAACGAUGGCAGAUAACAAACACACUGAGGAGGAAACUGAGGAGGAUGCGGGCGAAUUGAGAGAAUUUAAGAAAUUGAAAUCCAUAGAAGAAAGCGAAGAGGAAGAUCUGGUUCUUCAAUACGGAGAAGACAGCAACGAUUCUACAGACUCCAAGAAACGUAAAAGGAGUAGUGACGAUGAAGAUUUUCCUGAUCCUGAACCUGUCGAUGAAAAAGACUUUCAACUGAGUAAAGAUGACUUUGAAAUUAAAGUUGAAACGAAACGUUUCAAAUCUUCCCCCGGUGCGGCAGAAGAUCCUGAAGAAAAGAAAGAGAAAUCUGAAGAAAGGAUAGAAGAGCCUGAAGAAAGGAUAAAAGAGUCGGAAGAACAGCUGGAAAAUAAUGAAGAUGAACCGAUCGUGGACAAGGUACAAAGCGAAUACAGUUCCCAAAUGGAAACAAUAUCAAGGCUACAAAACGAACCGAGUUACCAAUUGGAACCAACGGUAAAUGUUCAGAACGAACCCAGUUCCAAAAUGGAAACAGUAUUGAAGGUACAGAGCGAACCCAGUUACCUAUUGGAAUCAGCAGUAAAGGUUCAAAGCGAACCGAGUUUCCAAAUAGAAACAGUAGAAAAUGUACAAAGCGAAACCAGUUAUCAAUUGGAACCAACGAUAAAUGUUCAGUAUGGACCCAGUUACAAAAUGGAAACAGUAGCGAAGGUACAAAGCGAACCCAGUUACCUAUUCGAACCAGAAGUAAAGUUGCAAAGCGAACCAAGUUACAUAUUUACACCAGAAGUAAAGGUGCAAAGUGAACUCAGUUUCCAAAUGGAAGCAUUAGUAAAGGAAAACGAACCCAGUUGUCUAUUGGAACCAGCAAUAAAGAUACAAAGCGAACCCACUUUCCAAAGGGAAACAUUAGUGAAGGUACAAAGCGAACCCAGCUACAAAUUGGAACCAGCAGUAAAUUUGCAAAGCGAUUCUAGGUACCAAAUGGAAACAGUAGUAAAAACACAAAGUGAACCUGGAUACCAAAGGGAAAGAGUGUUAAAGGCACGAAGCGAACCCAUUUACCAAAUGGAAACAGUGGUAAUAAAAAAAGAACUAGAAUCAGAUACUGAGAUUGACUUUGAAGAAGAAGAGGAACCCACUGAAGAAAAGAGGGUCAAGAAAACCGUUUUUACUGACGAGGCUUUGCUUAAGACUCAGGACAUUUUUGGAAUUCAUUUUGAUUACGAAAUAUUUGGAAAGUAUGGAGUGGAAGAGUAUGAAGUAGAAGAUAUUGUUUGUAAAUUGGAGGAAGAUGAAAGUAUCGAAAAACUUGGAAUGUCGAACAAACAGCCCCAGAAGAAAACUAUGAAGGUUUUCGAAGUAUAUGAACCUACUUUGCUCAGACCUGGACAUUCUACAGAUAUAGAGGAGAUUUGUUCUACUGACAUACCGGAACGAAUGCAGCUGCGUUUAGUGCCAAUAACGCCAGUAGCAGAAGGUUCCGAUGAAUUGGAUCUUGAAGCCAAGUGGAUUUACGAACAGGCAUUUUGCAAGAGAACAAUUUCCAUUCAGGCUGCACGUCUUAGCGAAAAAGAACGUGAAAGAUUAGUAGAAAAAAUAAAGAAUGGAUUUCAGACAACUGAGAAAAUAAAGAAAGCUCUAGAUUUGAUGAGGAAUCAGCACUUCGAAGUGCCCUUUAUUUCUUUUUACCGAAAAGAACACGUAAUGCCCCAACUGGACAUCAACGAUUUGUGGAAGGUCUACAAAUACGACGCGAAAUGGUGUCAGAUUCGGCAAAGAAAGGAACAUUUGCUUCGAAUUUUUGAGAAUAUGAAAAAGUAUCAGGUGGACCUAAUUAAAAAAUGCGCAGACGGUACUCUCCCGAAAGGGAUGCGAUUUAUAAAGAGUGAUGAUAUAGAGAGAUUGAAAAAUGCUAAAACCAGUGAGGAGGUCCAUGAUAUUUACCGUUACUUUAAGUUGCAUUACAGUCAGGAGGUCGAAGCGAUGAAAAAAUUCAUUCGUUGUGAGACUAGAAAAGAAUACAAGAUAGAUAAAAGAAGGAAACUUGUGAAAGAAGCUCAGGAAAAAGGAGAAAAUCCUCCUCCUCCUGAAGACUCAGAUGACGAAGAAGAUCAGAACUCAAACGAAUCGGUUGAGCAGCCUGAGAGAAAUGAUCCAUAUUCUAUUUGCAGGAGGGCUGGUCUGGAUUCUUUCACUAAAACAUUUGGCCUUACGUCAGACGAGUUUGCAGAGAAUUUGCAUGAGAAUUAUCAACGCCACGAAGUGAAGCAAGAACCGUUCGAACCGAUGAUAACUGCGAGUCAGUUCUGUGGAAAGAAGUUCUCCGCCCCAGAGAAAAUUCUGAAAUCUGCCCAAUUUAUGUAUGCAAUUCAAAUCGCUUGUGAGCCGCUCGUUCGACAAACCGUGAGAAGCUUAUACAUGGAAAAGGCAAAAUUGACUGUGCGGGCGACUAAGAAAGGGGUGAAAGAAAUUGACGAGAAUCAUCCGAUUUUCACCAUGAAGUACUUGAAAAAUAAACCAGUGAAGGAUUUAGUCGGAGAUCAGUUUCUAAGGCUGGCAAUUGCAGAGCAGGAGGAAUUAAUCACAAUUACGUUUGGCGAUAGUAUCGAGGGAAAUACUACCAGUAAUUAUAUCGAUGAAGUAAAGCAAUUCAUUUAUAAGCACGAGUUCAGUAUGACUGUUAAGGCCUGGAAUACUCUGAGAGUCGUCAGCGUGGAAAUGGCAUUGAUCAAAAUGGUGAUUCCAGACAUAAAAAAAGAACUUAGAGCUAAUUUACUCCUCGAAUCUAAAGAUUGCGUUAUGCGUGCCAGCUGUCGAAAAAUGCACGACUGGUUAAAAAUUGCUCCCUACACUUGCCAGUUUCCUCGUAGAGAAGAAGUGGGAUGGAACACGAGCAACGGCAUCCGAGUAAUGGGUAUAGCCUACGUUGCCGAUGAAUCUCAACCUUCUUGGGCGUGCAUUGUUGAAUCAAACGGAACUUGUAGUGAAGUUCUAAAGCUUCUCAAUUUAUUGAAACGCAGAAAUAGCUUGAGGGAAGGUGAUAAAUUCAUGAAGGAAGCAGACCUUUUAGCAAUUCGAAAUUUAAUAGCAUCGCGAAAACCACAUGUGGUUGCUGUUGGUGGAGAAUCUCGAGAUGCUUUGAUGAUUCAACUCGAAAUUCGAGAAAUUAUCGCAGGCCUCAUCGUAGAGGAACGAUUCCCAUCGAUCCAAGUGGAAAUCUGUGAUAAUGAUCUUGCCAAAAUUUAUGCCAAAAGUAAAAAAGGCGUCUCUGAAUUUCGAGAACAUUGUCCCGAGCUUCGACAGGCAAUAUCUAUUUGUCGUAGAUUACAGGACCCUCUAAUGGAAUUUUCUCAGCUUUCUACUUCUUCUCACGAAAUACUGAGUUUAAGGUACCACCCACUUCAAGAUCAACUCCCAGAGGAUGAGUUACUGGAAAAUAUUUACACAGAAUUCAUAAAUCGAGUAAAUCAGGUUGGUGUGAAUGUGAACAAAGCAGCUCAGCGAUCAUACUCUGGAAAUCUUUUGCGAUUCGUCUGUGGCUUAGGACCGAGAAAAGCACAAGCUCUGAUUAAAGUAUUAAAAAAGCAGGUCGAUCAAAAGUUGGAAAAUAGAGCGCAAUUGGUAACCAUUUGCAACCUGGGGCCGAAAGUAUUCAUAAACUGCGCCGGAUUCAUUAAAAUAGAUACAUGCACUUUAAAAGACACUGGUGACGCUUACGUGGAAGAAUUGGACGGUUCCAGGAUUCAUCCAGAAAAUUACGAAUGGGCGAGAAAGAUGGCAGUAGACGCUUUAGAGUAUGAGGAGGAUGAAAGUGAGAAUGCUACUAAAGCUUUGGAAGAAAUUUGCGCAGCGCCUCAAAAGUUGAAAGAUCUGGAUCUAGAUACCUUUGCUGAAAACUUGAAGAAACAAGGAUUUGGUGAUAAGAGAAUCACUUUGUACGAUAUCAGGGCGGAGCUAAGCUGCAUGUAUAUGGACUUUAGAGAAGUCUACAGGUCACCUAAUUCCGAGAAACUCUUCUACAUGCUGACCAAAGAGACUCCGGAUUCUUUUCAUGCAGGAAAAUUAAUUGUAGCUAAGGUAGUAGGAAUAAGUCACAGAAAACCUCAAGGUGAUCAAAUGGAUACUGUAAAACCGGUACGGAAUGAUGAAACAGGUCAUUGGCAAUGUCCUUUCUGUUUCAAAAACGAUUUUCUCGAACUUUCGGAAGUGUGGAUUCACAUCGAGGCGAUAUGUCCAGGAAAGGCGAUGGGAGUAAAAUUACGAUUGGAUAAUGGGGUGUCUGGUUACAUUCAUAUAAAAAAUCUGUCAGAUAAGCACGUAGUUAACCCGAGAGAAAGAGUUUGCAUUAAUCAACCUAUUCAUUGCCGAAUUACCAAAAUCGAUGUGGAAAAAUUUGGCGUUGAAUGCACCAGUAGAAGUAAAGAUCUUGCUGAUAAAGAUAACGAAUGGAGGCCACCUAAAGAUGCUUUCUAUGAUAAGGAUGGAGAGGAAAGAGAAAAGAGGCAGGAUGAGGAGGUAAAGAGAGUGACGAUAAGGCAAGCGUAUUUAAAACAAAUUAUUGGUCAUCCAUCCUUUCGUAAUAUAGACUUCGCCGAAGCUGAAAGGUUGAUGAAAGAUAAGAAACAAGGAACAGUGAUAGUGAGGCCAAGUAGCAAAGGUCCGAAUCACUUAACAGUAACUUGGAAGCUUGCAGAAGACGUCAUUCAACAUAUUGACGUUAUAGAGGAGGGAAAAGCAAGUGACUUCACCUUAGGGGCAAAACUAAGAAUCGGCAACGAGGAAUUUGAAGAUCUUGAUAAAAUUGUAGGAAAGCACAUAAAUCCCAUGGCUGCCUUUGUCACCGAAAUCUUGAAUUUCAAAUAUUUUAAACCCAGUGUAGGAGGCGUCAAGGAGAAGGCUGAGGAGAUUCUUAAAGCACAAAAGAGGGAAAAUCCUAGUAGCAUUCCGUACCUUAUAUCUGCGUCUAGAACCUAUCCAGGAAAUUUCUUACUUUCCCACUUGCCACGAAAUCUAUGUAGGCACGAGUACUUUUCUGUCAUCCCGGAGGGGUUUAAAUUUAGAACGCAAGUCUUUGUAAGACUGAAUGAUUUGAUUCGGUGGUUCAAGGAACAUUUUAAAGAACCGAUUCCUCCUCCUAAUGCGGCGUCCACAGCUGUGAAAGGAACUACAAGGAUACCCCAUCAGUCUACACCGACUUCAGGUGACACGCCUCAUGAAUCGAUUCAAAAAUCUCAAAAUAUACAUGAUCGGAGUAAGAUACCUUUCCAGUCUCAGGCCCCAGUUUCAGGAUAUAAUGGGCAUAAUACUUAUGCAAAUAAUCCAUAUUCACCGUCUGGUCAAACUUCGAACCAGACUACGAAUCCCAGUCAAAGCCCCCAAACGGCAUUUUUACAUCCAGCAUCUUUGCAAGGUCAAAGUAAUCAAGGCGCUGAGGUUAGCAAACCACAACAAACGGAAAAUGGUGUGAAUAACUCUUCAUUAACGUGGAAUCAGCAAAUAGAGGCUAAAGUGUUUGAUGAUACAUAUUUCACGAAAACUAGAAAGCCUAAGAAGGUUUAUGACAAUGGAGUGGGUUAUGGAUUAACGUUUCCAACAUACUCGAAGAAAAAGAAAUUUGGCAAGGGGAAAAAAGAUGGGGAUAAAUCGGACGAUAGCUGGUAUGACGAACCAUCUUCAUCAAGAGACAGUUUUGAUGACAACCAUUUUACUCGUGGAUCAUCCAGAGAUCCUAAAGGCGCAUCAAGAGAUCCUUUCGAUGACAAUCCCUACGCUAGAGGUUCAUCCCGGGACAGAACACGCAGAGAUAGUUUCGAGAAGUUUUCCAACCCUGGAUCACCACCAAAGCACAAUGGAGACUACAAUCCAUUCACAGUGGGCUCUUGUCGUGACAAAACAUCACACGAUUACCCGUCUAGUCCGCCGCGAAACUCAUUCCGAGGUUCAUUUCGAGGUCGUGGAAAAGAGAGAGAAUCCAGUUACCGUUCGAGUCCAUCUCGAUGCAGAAGUCCGAUGUUCAACCCAAAAUCUUCUUAUCGGGAAAGAAGCCCAGCUCGUUCGCAUCAUUCUCGAGAAAGAAGCGUGGGAUACAGCUGCAGACACUCUCGGGAAAGGAGUCCAAGGUUUAAUUCAAGGUCUUCUUGGGAAAGAAGUCCAACAUACAGAUCGAGUCCUUCUCGAGGCAAAAGCCCCAGUUUUUCUUCAAGACGUUCUCGAGACGGAAGUCCAAGGUAUGAUUCUCAUUCACGCGAUAGAAGUCCUGGAAAAAGGUAUAACUCAAGAUCAUCUUGGGACAGAAGUCCCGCGUACAGAUCGAAUAAUUUGCGAGAAAGAAGCUUGGGAUUCAAGCCAAGCUCUUCGCGGGAUGCAAGUCCAAGAUUCAACCCAAGUCCUCCUCGAGAAGGAAGUCCAAGGUUCUCGAAACCUUAUCGAAAUAGUAGUCCUAGAUUUGGACAAAGUCCUCCUAGGCACAGAAGCCCUCAAUUCAAUCCACAUUCUCCUCAAGAUGAUGAUCCUGAGGAAGAUAAUCCCUUUAUUGUGGGAUCUUCGCGCGACAAAAGUCGAGAUGAUGGCCACGAAAAUGGAGAGACUUCCAGAGAAUCUUCGCCUUUCUUCAAAAAAGGCCCAUUUAAUUUACGAGGUAGAGGUACACUAAAAUUCAGGGGGAGAGGAAGAGGAAGAGGCUCUAGAUAUGAGGUAGUAUCUCUACGAGAUAGUAUAGCAGGUAUGAUGCCAGGGAUGCCGGGUUUUAACGGAAACAAAAGUUUCCCGCCAGUACAUUUUAACAAUUCUUCGCGACAGGAAAAUGAACUCUUGGAUGAUGACAAUCCUUUUCUGGUAGGGUCUUGCAGAGAUCCCUCGUUAAAAAAAGAUUAACUUGUGACUGGCGCUUUCUCAAACGUCGGUCGUUCAUAAACUGUAAUUCAUUUUGGGACAAGUGAUCCUCCGUUUCUAGUCCCAGGCAUUUUAGUUUAAAUAUUGAACUUUGCGAACGAAAACUGAGAAAUGGGGUUGUAAUGAACUUUUGUGAUUGUAAUAGUCUACGUGACAGUGACUUUGAUUUCUUGAUGCGACUUUCAUUUUCUUACGACCGAGUUAAGAAUUAAUCUAGGCACAAAGAUUAUAUAAUUUGCUUAAAUAAUUUAAUAUAUUUUUAUAGCUUUUCGUGUAGGGGCCACAAUUUUUUUAGAUUUCAAAUUGUGGUUUUUUAUGUAGUUUUAAUUUUGAAUUAUACUGUAGAUACUAGAUAUUAACAGACAUUCUAUUAGAAGUAAUUCUUAAGCCGUUUAAUUAGAAGUUUUAAUGAAAUAAGAUUAAAACGAAACGUUUUUGAUUCUGUGAAGAUUUCAGAUUUUAACCUCGUCAAUUUUAAACUUCAAAAUUUUAAUCAGGCGUGGAUGUACAGUGUUGCAUAACCGGUGAUUGUCCCCCUAGGAUUUUAUGACUUACCUUCUCUUUUUUCUUUUUCACAGGGUAAUGGAGAAACAUUAUAAAUAAUAUGCAAUUUCGUCAUGACAUGUUAUUUGUAACAAAUCCAAUUGAUCCAGCUUAUACAAUUGGCUUAUUUAAUUGGUCAUAGCUCUCUAAGUGUAUACAAUUUUCCUACGCCCCCCCCCCCUCAUCCGUAGGUCACUUCCCUGGAUCAGCGCCUGAUUUUAAUAUCUUUUUAUUUUGAAUUUGAAAAUUCAACUUUUCUUUGAAUAUUUUUGAGUUUGUAUGCUUAUUGUACGUAUUUUAAGUUUGAAAAAGUAUCAAGAUUUGGUUUUGUCUUGAAUGAUUUUAAAUCAACUAAAUUGCGAAUUCACAAUUCAGAUUAAGGAUUUAAUAACAAAAAUUAGCUACAAACAAAAUGAAGGAAAAUAUUUAUUGCGUAUGAAUAAAGCUUUACUAAGAUCAAAAUUUUUAAUCUUCUGAAUUUAAAUUUAUUUUUUAAAUUGUUAUGUUAAAAAAUCAUUAGAACGAAAUGUAUGAAAAUUGUGGUUCUAGCAUAAACCUUUUUGUAUCAAAUUUCUCACAUUAUUUCGUAAUCCAUAACUGAACGAAAUUCAACUGCGACAGUAUUUAGACGUAAUUUAUACGUACACAAAAAAUUGUAUAUAUUGAACAUUUAUUUGUAAAUAAGUAAAGGAUCACUCCGAGCUCUUCUCUAGAAGAAAAUAACAUUUUUUUAAUUUUAGUAAAUAGAAAUAGACAUUCGAUGCCGAAAAUAUGCGAUUAUGAAUUGAAUUUUUACUCGUUGCGCAAUUAAAUUCAAGAAACGAUGCAUGUUGUACUAUGCAGAGUUCUCUUUUACUUAUAGAAAAAUAUAGUUCGUGUCUUUCACUUGUUAAAUUAACUAAACAGAUAAUACAUUUGUGAUUAAAUGUGCAUUUAUACAUCUUUUAAUAUGCAUUUUUUAUAAUCUUGUAUCUUGAGUUUUUGUUUCGAGCAAAGAAGCAAACAUUAACUAGAAAACUGUUCUAUGUAGUAAACGUAGAAAAAAAAUAUAUUUCCUGGAUUGAAUUUAUUAAAAUUGUAGGAUAUUAUUUAAUGGUUAAAUACUUAUAAACUGUAAUUAUUGUAAAUCUCAUUAGAAAACAUAUUGCUUGUAUUUUAUCCAGUUAAUUUAAUAUUUUAUACUAAUCAUUGUUUAAAUUUUAACGUUUACUUUUAACAUUCCUUUUCUAUUUAUAGAAGGAGAACUCUGCAUGAUAUAUUAAUUAUUAAAAUUUGAUCAUUACUUUGCCUUUAUUUUGAUCGCAUUUAGAAAGAUAUUAGUUUGCUGUUGAAGGCAUAAUUCGUUUUUGAAUAACUAUUCAUCACGUAACGAAUAGAUUUUUUCUCGUGUAUAUAUAUAUAUAUGUGUGUGUGUGUGUGUGUGUGUGUAUAUAUACCUUUUUAUUUAGGUAUUUUGUGUAGUAAAAAUGUGAU